CUACAGAAAAUUUAUGGAAGAUUGCCAUCGCGGGACCAUCUUCUUGGUCAUCAACUGGAGGAUAGAAAGUAUUUCGAUUCCGGCGACUUUGCACUUUCACAAGCCCACAGACCUUCAAGCAUAGGCGCCAUUUCUACAGGUAGUCAACACCCACGUCGGGAGACUGUACCCCAGCCGUUUUGUCCCGUACCCAGCCAGAGCAACGUUGACGAGGGCGCAAAUAAGGGCCUACAAGGGGCGGAGAACGAGAGCGACACGGAAAAUAAGAGUCACCUUUGCGAGAUGACGGAUCAAAAGACUGAAAACCCCUUAGAGAAGCCGGAGAAGACGACAGAGGCUACGCGCGUGUAGGCUUCAGCGUCAUACCAAGUAAUGCGCUAUGCCCAUCACAUGCAAAUACGGAGCUAUCAAAUACGUAGCUAGCAGGGCCAGCCAUUGAAAAAGAAGACAUCGAGUCGUAAAACGGGAGGUGGAUUUUUCAUGUCUCUAUUUGGUGUUUUUUUUUUAAGGUGUUUGGUGUAUGGAUGCCUAUGUAUCUUGGAUUGAUAUUGGCUUUAGUGAAUGAUUUUCUAUUGCACCUACCAUGCCAACUAUUUUAGACCCGAAGUCCCCUGCUUAAACAACCAGUAGUGGUAUUGCUGUAGUAACUGAACUGGGAGGGGGCGCGAGUUUGGCAAGUGUCUUAGGAUGAUCAACUGAUCUAGGCCAAGCCUAGAAAGCGUGGCUGAACCCCAUGAUAUGGAUUUGGCAAAUUGCUACUCAACUGGAGCUGCUAGUGCCUUGCUAACAUGUCUAGCUUUGACAGCCCUCGGUUUUAGCUGUCCAAUUGACAAACAGCCCCUAUAAGCCAUCCAAUAGUCAGUCAGGAUAGUGAUCCGCACGGCAAACUAAGCGCCCUUGGCUCGUGCGAUCCCCACCAAAGCUUCGAUAUAGGGAAACAAAACAUACCCCAAUAUGACGUGCCGAAGAAUGUUAUCCAUGCAGCCCUCCCCCGACAAUGGUAAAGACUGUUACCCAUGCAGUCCCCCGACAAUGGUGCCUGAAGUUGGCCUUUUUGACUCUGGUGCUUUCGGCUGCUAAAUGGCGCGCGGCAUCAUAGACGCUGUAGAGGCCAGCCUUGCUAUAGGAUUAAAUCAUUCGGUGGACUCUCUCCUAUGGACUAAAGUGCCGGGCGGCUCAUUCAUUCGUCGACAAAGAUUCUUCUCAUUUCCAGUCUCUGCUCUAGGAAUCUGAUCAGAAGAGACGUGGUUUAGCAUUGGCAUCGUAGUAGAAGAGCCGGUAAAAGCAGCCAUUUGCCUUGCCGUGUGCUGAUAUAGCAAGCGAGCAUAUUCUUCGUGGCUCAUGAACUGUUGUGUGGACUGUUGUGUGGACUGUUGUGUGGACUGUUGUGUG